AACAAUAAACAUGAGGUUUCGUUUUGUUUGUUCUGGUUUUUCCAAAUUUAGAUUUUCUUUGCUCCUACUUAACUUGGAGGAAUACUACUUUGAACAACACACAGCUAAUCAUAUUCAGAACAAGGGCGAUCAGAAUGAAAGGAAAAUCAGAGGCUCCUUAAAAAUAUGUUCAAAAUCAGUUAUUUUUGAACCGGAUGCAAUAUCCCAGCCCAUCAUUAAGAUUCCUUUGAGAGAUUGUAUAAAAAUAGGAAAACAUGGAGAAAAUGGAUCCAAUAGACACUUUUCAAAGGCAAAAUCUGGGGAGAUUUCACUCAUUUUCAGUCAGGUAUAUUUCAUUAAAGAACACAACAUUGUUGCCCCAUAUAAAAUUGAAAGGGGCAAAAUGGAGUAUGUCUUUGAAUUGGAUGUUUCAGGGAAAGUGGAAGAUGUUGUGGAGACCUUGCUUCAGCUUCACAGAGCGUCCCGCCUUGACAAACUAGGGGACCAAACUGCUAUGAUAACAGCUAUUUUGCAGUCACGUUUGGCUAGGACAUCAUUUGACAAAAACAGAUUCCAGAGUGUUUCUGAAAAGCUGCACAUGGAAUGCAAAGCAGAAAUGGUGACGCCGCUGGUGACGAAUCCUGGACACGUGUGCAUCACCGACACAAACCUGUAUUUUCAGCCUCUCAACGGGUACCCGAAACCUGUGGUCCAGAUAACACUCCAAGAUGUCCGCCGCAUUUACAAAAGGAGGCACGGCCUCAUGCCUUUGGGCUUGGAAGUGUUUUGCACAGAAGACGAUCUCUGUUCUGACAUCUACCUAAAGUUCUAUGAACCUCAAGAUAGAGAUGACCUCUAUUUUUAUAUUGCCACAUAUCUAGAUUACAACAAAAAACUCAACUUUCAUGAGCACCACGCGGCGGAGCGCACGGCCGAGAGCUACACGCUGCAGUGGCAGCGCGGGCACCUGUCCAACUACCAGUAUCUCCUGCACCUCAACAACCUGGCGGACCGCAGCUGCAACGACCUCUCUCAGUACCCCGUGUUCCCGUGGGUAAUCGGCGACUACUGCAGCGCUGCGCUGGAUUUGUCAAAUCCAGGAACGUUCCGGGAUCUUAGCAGGCCAGUAGGGUCUCUAAACAAGGAACGGCUGGAGAGACUCCUGACCCGCUACCAGGAAAUGCCAGAGCCAAAGUUCAUGUACGGCAGUCACUACUCUUCCCCUGGCUACGUGCUCUUUUAUCUUGUGAGGAUCGCGCCCGAGUACAUGCUGUGUCUGCAGAAUGGAAGAUUUGAUAACGCAGAUAGAAUGUUCAACAGUAUCGCAGAAACUUGGAAAAACUGUUUGGAUGGCGCAACUGAUUUUAAAGAGUUGAUUCCAGAAUUCUAUGGUGAUGAUGUCAGCUUUUUAGUCAAUAGUCUGAAGUUGGAUCUGGGAAAGAGACAAGGAGGGCAGAUGGUUGAUGAUGUGGAACUCCCACCCUGGGCACGGAGUCCCGAGGACUUUCUCCAGAAGAGCAAAGACGCGUUGGAAAGCAAUUAUGUGUCAGAGCACCUUCACGAGUGGAUCGAUCUAAUAUUCGGCUACAAGCAAAAAGGGAGUGAUGCCGUUGGGGCCCAUAACGUAUUUCAUCCCCUGACCUAUGAAGGAGGCGUAGACUUGAACAGCAUCGAGGACCCUGACGAGAAAGUAGCCAUGCUGACCCAAAUCUUGGAGUUUGGCCAGACCCCAAAACAGCUCUUUGUGACACCACAUCCUCGACGGAUCACCCCAAAGUUUAAGAAUUUCUCCCAUACCUGCAGUCAUAAUGCUCCCAUGGCAGAUUCUCCAGUCUCUCCAGGUGAAGAGUCUUUUGAAGACCUGACUGAAGAAAGCAAAAGCCUGGCUUGGAAUAACAUCACCAAACUGCAGUUACAUGAGCAAUAUAAAAUCCACAAAGAGGCGGUUACUGGAAUAGCGGUCUCUUGCAACGGGUCUUCCGUCUUCACAACCUCACAAGAUUCUACCUUGAAGAUGUUCUCCAAGGAAUCCAAAAUGCUACAAAGAAGUAUAUCAUUUUCAAAUAUGGCUUUGUCAUCUUGUUUACUUUUGCCAGGAGAUGCCACUGUCAUAAGUUCUUCGUGGGAUAAUAAUGUCUAUUUUUACUCUAUAGCAUUUGCAAGACGCCAGGACACGUUAAUGGGACACGACGACGCCGUCAGUAAGAUCUGUUGGCAUGACAACCGACUGUAUUCCGCAUCGUGGGACUCCACGGUGAAGGUGUGGUCGGGUGUUGCUGCGGAAAUGACAUGCACCAGAAGACAGCGGUUUGACAUGCUGGCUGAGCUGGAGCACGACGUCAGCGUAGAUACGAUUAGUUUAAAUGCUGCAAGUACACUGUUGGUUUCAGGCACCAAAGAAGGCACAGUGAAUAUUUGGGACCUCGCUACAGCCACCGUAUUGCACCAGAUCCCAUGCCAUUCAGGGACCGUAUGUGAUACUGCUUUUAGCCCAGACAGUCGUCACGUCCUCAGCACGGGGGAAGAUGGCUGUCUAAACGUCAUAGAUGUGCAGACAGGAAUGCUCAUCUCUUCUAUGACUUCAGACGAGCCCCAGAGAUGCUUUAUCUGGGAUGGAAAUUCUGUUUUAUCUGGAAGUCAGUCUGGUGAGCUGCUCGUUUGGGACCUGCUCGGAGGGAAAAUCAGUGAGAGAAUACAGGGCCACACAGGUGCUGUAACAUGUAUAUGGAUGAAUGAACAGUGUAGCAGUAUCAUCACAGGAGGGGAAGACAGACAAAUUAUGUUCUGGAAACUGCAGUAUUAAGUGCCUUUUCCUCUCUUGAAUGUUAAAUUGAACUCUAUUUAAUGUAUUUUUAAACCAGACUUUUAAAUGAACUGGUGAAUGUGCAAUGAUAGUAAUUUGAAGUUUUACCACAAGACAUUUGUGGUUUUAAACUUCCUAAAUCAUGGCGACUUCACUGAAAGCCAUCAGUUGCCGUCCUCUAAAGCAGACAAAGAUAUGGCAGUGUUAGGGAGAAAACAUUACAUUUGUAAGGCAGAUGGUCAUCCCAGUAUGCUGAUGGUCAGAAGGCAGGUUUGGGUGGCAAAGUGGGUAAGAGAUACUAAACUGAGAUGGGAAAACUUUCAGAAAACACUGAACAAUUUUGAAUUUUCCAAGAAAACGUGCACUAUUCUCUACUACUUCUGAGUCACUCUAUUUUGUCUUCCUAACCUACAGAAAUGCUGCCCAUUGGGUUUGGGGUAUGUGUUUUCUUGGAGUGGUUACUUUGUAUAACCUACGGUCCUCAGAUUCUAAGAACCUGGGGAAAGAUUAGCAAUUCUUGUAAGUUUACUGUGUAUAGGAACAGUUUAUUUCAUUAUAGCUAUUAAAUGCUCAUCUUUUCUACAUUAAAAAUAUUUUUCUGUAAUGAAA